UAGAGCCGGAGCAGAAGUCGGAAGGUUCCUAACGCAAGGCUCCGUGGGAGAUUUUUUGGAGCAUUGUGGGAAGAAGCUUGUCGCCGCUGUUUUGUUGUGGAGAGCCGGUUCGGGCUAUCGUUGAGAGGUCGUUGCCGAAAUGCCGGAGCGAGAUAGUGAGCCGUUCUCUAACCCCUUGGCCCCAGAUGGCCAUGAUGUGGAUGACCCUCAUUCCUUCCACCAAUCAAAACUUACCAAUGAAGACUUCAGGAAACUUCUUAUGACUCCAAGGGCUGCACCUACUUCUGCACCACCUUCUAAGUCACGUCACCAUGAGAUGCCAAGAGAGUACAAUGAGGAUGAAGACCCAGCUGCACGAAGGCGGAAAAAGAAAAGUUACUAUGCCAAGCUACGCCAACAAGAAAUUGAAAGAGAGAGAGAGCUAGCAGAGAAGUAUCGGGAUCGUGCCAAGGAACGGAGAGAUGGUGUGAACAAAGAUUAUGAAGAAACCGAGCUGAUUAGUACCACAGCUAACUAUAGGGCUGUGGGCCCAACUGCUGAGGCGGACAAGUCAGCUGCAGAGAAGAGAAGACAGUUGAUUCAGGAGUCCAAAUUCUUGGGUGGUGACAUGGAACAUACCCAUUUGGUGAAAGGUCUGGAUUUUGCUUUGCUUCAAAAGGUACGAGCUGAGAUUGCCAGCAAAGAGAAAGAGGAAGAAGAACUGAUGGAAAAGCCCCAGAAGGAAACCAAGAAAGAUGAGGAUCCUGAAAACAAAAUUGAAUUUAAAACACGCCUCGGCCGAAAUGUUUAUCGUAUGCUUUUCAAGAGCAAAGCAUAUGAGCGAAAUGAGCUGUUCUUACCGGGUCGAAUGGCCUAUGUGGUAGACCUGGAUGAUGAGUAUGCAGACACGGAUAUCCCCACCACUCUCAUCCGCAGCAAGGCUGAUUGUCCCACGAUGGAGGCCCAGACUACACUGACUACAAAUGACAUUGUUAUUAGCAAGCUCACUCAGAUUCUUUCAUACCUGAGGCAGGGUACCCGAAACAAGAAGCUCAAGAAGAAGGAUAAAGGAAAAUUGGAAGAAAAGAAACCCCCUGAAGCAGACAUGAACAUUUUUGAAGACAUUGGGGAUUAUGUUCCCUCCACAACUAAGACACCACGGGACAAAGAGCGAGAGAGAUACCGGGAACGUGAACGUGAUCGAGAGAGGGACAGAGACCGGGAGCGAGAGCGAGAUCGGGAGCGAGAGCGAGACCGGGAGCGAGAGCGAGAGGAGGAAAAGAAAAGGCACAGCUACUUUGAGAAGCCAAAGGUGGAUGAUGAGCCUGUGGAUGUUGACAAAGGACCUGGGUCUGCCAAAGAGUUGAUCAAGUCCAUCAAUGAAAAAUUUGCUGGGUCUGCUGGUUGGGAAGGCACCGAAUCGCUGAAGAAGCCAGAAGACAAGAAGCAGCUGGGUGAUUUCUUUGGGAUGUCUAACAGUUAUGCAGAGUGCUAUCCAGCCACGAUGGAUGAUAUGGCUGUGGAUAGUGAUGAGGAGGUGGAUUAUAGCAAAAUGGACCAGGGUAACAAGAAGGGUCCCUUAGGUCGCUGGGACUUUGAUACUCAGGAGGAAUACAGCGAAUAUAUGAACAACAAGGAGGCAUUGCCUAAAGCUGCAUUCCAGUAUGGUAUCAAGAUGUCUGAAGGACGGAAAACCAGACGCUUCAAGGAAACCAAUGAUAAAGCAGAGCUUGAUCGUCAGUGGAAGAAAAUUAGUGCAAUCAUUGAGAAAAGGAAGAAGAUGGAAGCUGAUGGAGUUGAAGUGAAAAGACCAAAAUACUAAUCUCCAUUUGUAACUAUCACCAUAUAGAUGCUCUCAAUUGUUUGUUUCUAUAAUUCCUAGAGAGGUUGAAGGUGUUUUUGUGAAUGUUUAUAAACUUUUAUUAUGUAAUCAUUUGUUGCAUUAAAAUCAGUUAACUUAC